AUGUCUAAACCAAUAAUGAGUGAAGAGGUGUUGAGCCGUACAACGAUCCCUGCAACAUUUGUUUCCUUCAAGAGAGGGCUGAGGAGACUUCAUCCAAGAUAUGCUCUUCUGAAGAUCAACAACGUGGGAAGCAAGAUUGAGGCUGAGAAGUAUGUGGGCAACGGAGUUGUCUGCUUCAAGACAAGCACUGAAGGGGAAAAAUACCCUGUCCAUGGAGUAGUAACCAGGAUACACGGGAAUUCUGGAGCGGUCCGUGCUAAAUUCACAAGGAACUUGAACCCAAAGCAGCUCGGGACCCAUGUGUUUGUCAAGCUCUACAAGGUUGAGGCCGAUGAGAUAUAA